UAGCCGCUCACUGCGCCACACACACCGCCUUGUCACGGAGCCCAGUUUAUCAACUCACCUAUAAAUGCUGCUGGAAGUACUCCAUACUCAAUACGCCAGCACUUGUCUUCGAGCAACUUCUUGACAGUACUCGUUACAAACGUCCCAGUCACAAUAUCACAGAUGUGCUUGUCCCUUCUAGCCUGCUUUGGAAAGACAUCCAGCAGAAGCAAACACAACACCGAUCCUGAGAAGGUCCACCUACUACGGCCUCCUACCCCGCAGAUGUCUCCCCAGCAUAUCGCCAACCAAAUCAUUGAUGUCCUACUUCGCGCGCGGCGUUCUGAGAAGGAUAGCCUCAAUUCGACCACGAGUUCGCUCGCCUCUCCCUCCCCCGCCGGGACAGUAUCUGGACCGAUUGGCACGAAGAACUGGUACUCUACCAUCGCCGAAUAUGUCCUUCACGGCAUGGAAAUUGCCAUCGAGAAGGGCUUGACGUUCGGACAAGCAAUGGAGUCGGCUGUGGAGCGAGCGCGUGUAGGAGCCGAGGAGUUCGUACGCGAGCAUCCGAUCUGGGCGGGUGUCAUUCUCACCGUGAUUGCACUCGGCGCGUUGUACUUGCUCGCUCCUUGGAUCAUUGAGGCUCUUGGGUUUACUGAGUUGGGUCCUCUGGCUGGGACUUGGGCGGCAAGCUGGCAAAGCUCUAUUGGCAAUGUCGAGGCGGGCAGUUUCUUUGCCUUUCUGCAGAGACUCGGAAUGGUGGGCUUGCAUGGAGGGUCGAAGUUGUGAGGUCGUGUCGGUCUCUCACUGCGCUCGUAUCUGCCUUGGCUGCGUCUGAGAAAGCAGGUCGGAAGACUAAUCCCAGGGGGCGAUCAAUCUACAGUGAAGUUUCCAACACUUAUGGUUGGCCAUGUGGGACAAGGUUGUAGUCGUC